UGCAAUUACAAUAUUAUGGAGAGCAAGGAAAGUAGCCUGGAAACAUCCACCCCAAAUGUCUCACCUUCUGCUGCAGCAUCUAAUGCAUAUGCGCUAGGUUUAACACAAUUCCAAGGCUUUUGGAUCCCUUCUCCGCGUGUUCCCACUUCAUCCAUAAUCUCAUUUCAGAAAUAUUUCCAGGCUCUUGAUGAUGAUAUCAUUGUUGCCUCUAAGCCCAAAGCUGGCACCACUUGGCUCAAGGCUUUGGUGUUUACAAUUGUCAACCGUCACUCUUAUACGCUCUCAAAUACCCCUUUGAACUCUGCAAAUCCUCAUCAACUGAUUCCAUUUUUUGAGUUCAAGCUUUAUAGGAAAAACCCAAAUCCCGAUCUCUCUAAAAUCCCAUCCCCAAGGUUGUUUUCUACUCAUCUCCCAUAUCAAAUGCUAGCCGAUUCCAUCAAACGUUCAAAUUGUCGGAUUAUUUAUAUAAUCCGUAAUCCGUUUGACAUCGUUGUCUCACUUUGGCACUUUUUUAGAUUUUUGGAUGAUUCGUCAGUGGAAGACUGUUUUGAGAUGUUUUGUAGAGGUGAAGAAGGGUAUGGACCCUUUUGGGACCAUGUUUUAGGGUACUGGAACAUGAGCUUGGAGAAGCCAUCGAAAGUAUUGUUCUUGAGAUAUGAAGAGUUGAAGGAAGAUCCAGUGGCUCAAACAAAGAGAUUGGCUGAAUUCUUAGGAUUUCCUUUCUCCAUGGCAGAAAAGAAAACAGGUGUGGUUAACCAAAUUGUUGAUUUUUGCAGUUUCAACAAUUUGAAAGAUUUGGAGGUCAACAAAACUGGAAAAAUGGCAAAAGCAAUAUUACCUAAUAAUUUGUUUUUCAGGAGUGGAAAAGUGGUUGAUUAUGUUAAUUAUCUCACUCCUGCUGCUGUGAAGCGUUUCAAUAACAUUUUAGAAGAAAAAUUAAGUGGAUCUGGUUUAAUAUUCAAGUAAAUUUUUUUAGUAAUAUUUGCUCUCAGAAUGAAGUUGCAGAUUGCAUGGCUAAAA